UUUAUUGCUGCUUGAAUCCGGGUCUUGGUCAAAGUCGGCUGUCUUAUAUCUGGUCACAGAACCUUUGGGGAAGAAGUCAGGAAGCUGGAUGGCGACCUUCCCUGAGAGAAUCGGGUAUUUUCUUUCGCUACUACUGGCCCCUUUUCCUGCGUUUUAAUCCACAGCCGAACUUGUUGGAUCUCCUGGAACAGGUGAACGCCAGAGCUUUUCUCGAGUUGGUAGCCAGCUCCGGCGUCUCAGACACACUUGCGAAGACGGACGGACCCCUUACAAUAUUCGCUCCCAGCAACGAAGCUUUUGCUCGGUUAUCAAAGGAAGAGCUCACCGAACUCGUAACGAACAAGAACGCUGCGCGAGAUCUCAUAAGGUUCCAUAUGACUCCUGCGUUCGUGUUCUCGCAACUGUUCAAGAAUAACUUACAGCUUCGUUCCCUUACGGGGGUUGACUUAAGGAUCAAUGUUUAUCAAGGUGGAAAGGUUUUUACAGCAUCUGGCGCAACACUGUCCAGCAAGAACCAAUUAGCAUCAAAUGGCAUUGUGCACGUGAUUGAUGACGUAAUCUUACCUGUUCCCAGGGAUACAGUUCUCCAAGCCGCUAGGGAUCACCCUGAUCUCACGAGACUCGCGGAGGAGUUCACAUCUUUGAACUUGACAAGAGCCCUAGAUGGGCGUAGUCCAAUCACAGUGUUCGCGCCGACGGAUGCUGCAUUUGAGAAAAUUCCCAAGAGGAUCCAAGACCGACUCCUUAAGAACAUUCCUACAAUGACACACAUUCUACAACAGCAUAUUGUACCCGGAGUCGUCUAUAGAGCAGGGUUGACUAACGGAGAUCCUGUUAAGACAGUGACAGGGGGAAUUCAUUUUAUCACCAAAACGGAUAAAAGUUUAAUGAUAGGAGGAGCUAACAUCAUACGCGCCGACAUAUCCACCAGGAAUGGAGUGCUACACCUUAUUGACAGGAUUCUACUGCCAGACGACACAGAGUUUGAAACCAAAGCUGCUCUCCCGCCAGGCGUUCCCCUACCUCCAUGAGAAAGUGCCAGGUUCAGGACCUUUUUUAAAAAAUUUAGAUGUGAUUUUUUUAAACUUUACGAUAAACAUUUGUACGCGAGCUAUAAUUAAGGUUCCACAGCUCUUAUGUCCAGCUGUCUUGGUCACAGUUUACCAUGGCCAGCUGCGUCUGCAUUUCCUGUUGAUUUUACAUCAUUUUCAGCGCAAAGGCUUUUUCCUCUUUAUUUUCAAUAUCUGCAUUAUGCAAUAAUAAGGCAGCUUGACUAAGAUAAUAUAUGAACAUAAUUUAUCUUCUAAAACAUUAAAUUUUCUUAAGAAUACUUACAACUUAACUUUUUGUCAAUUUUAAAAUUGAGGUCGGACUGGAUAAGUGCAAGAUGUGAAAUGUAAAAAUAAAUGCCCUUAAUGAUGCCCUGGGUCAUCGCAAGCAAGUGUUUGAUGUCAACAAUAAAAUUUGUGAAGAACGCAGAAUCUGAUACUGAGGGGUUAUGUCAUUAAGAGAGACAAUAUUACGAAAAGCGAUAAGGAGGAAGAGGAACAUCCAUUAGCGUAUUUUAAUUAGAAUUUGGACAUGCAAAUUUGGACACACGUGUAUCUUAUCAGAAGGUGUGAAAUGUAAGAGCAAGGUCUUUAAUGUUAAACUGGAAUUCGGCUGGAAUUUGUAUUGUAAAUUGAAAGACACAAGUCACGUCAAACUGUUAUAUAACAAACUUUACUUUUCUUAGAAACUCCAGUACUUUCACGGAACUAUAACGUGAUGAAAUUUACUAAAUAGUGGCGUCAUGCUUUUUUUUCUUUCCUUCCUGAGGCUUGUUGAAGUUGCCUCAAAAUACAAGGUGUGCGAGUAAUUUUGAUCAGAUCAGAAAAAGAGUAGAAUAACUUUGUUGGACGGAUUGAAUGUACAUAUAAAAAUACAUCCGUCUGUUGUGAUACUUUUAAAAUUGUUACAUGGCCAGAACCAGCCGACGUGCUUGAUAGGUUAAAUGAAUUUGACACAUUACAUGUACCUGUAUAAGGGACCUCAUGUCCCCUUUUACUAAAAUAUUUUCAAUUAAAAUCAA